CCCGCGCAGCCUUCACACCUACAAUAUGGAGGGGUUCCGGAAUAUCUGCUUUAUUACACUGUGCCUCACGGCAUUUAACGGCGUGACGUCAACGAUCAAGGAAAGCCUCAACAUACCCGAAAAGAUCAUCGGCGGAGUCAUCGAUAUCGUGCAGAGCCACAAGAACAAGCCAGUCCCUGGCCAGCAACCCUCCUACCCCCCGAACUACCAGUACCCGCAAUACCAGCAAUGGAAUGGCCAAUCCAACUACCAAAGUCAAGGGUACCAGCCUCAACCACAAUUCCAAAAUCAACAGUUCCAAAAUCAGGGCCAAUACACGAAUUACCCCCAAGGUAACAACAAUUUCCCACAAGGAGGCAAUAACAAUUUUCCCCAGGGAAGCAACAACAAUUUCCCUCAAGGAGGUAACAACAAUUUUCCACAAAAUGGUAACAAUUUCCCCCAAAAUGGGAAUAGUUUCGGCAGCACAAGCAGCAGCAAUUUCGCCAGCAACCAAGGAUAUCCUGCAGGAUCUGGACAGUCUUUCAACCAAGGUCAAAGCCAAGGGCAAUACCAAGGGUCCUACCCAAACGGGCAAUCUUCCAAUAACCAGCCAAACACUCAGUCUGGUUACUACACCCAAAGUCAAUCCACCAACCAAUACCAAGGCACCAACACUGGAACUGGUCAGUACACUGGUCAACCAGGAUACGUUGGCCAAAGUAAUGGUCAAAGCAGCCAAGGGUUUUACGUGAACGGUGUGCCACCAGCGGGUCAAGGCACGCAAGGGCCAACAUGUGUUUGUCAAGCUUGGACCAAACCACCACAAGAAGUCUACGCAGAUACCCCUGUCACAGAGAAGACUGAAAAGAAAGAACCAGCAAAAGAGAGAAUGAUUUAUUGAAGAUAAAUUAGGCUUCCUAUUUAUUUAUUUAUUGUUAGUAAUAAUGUAUACAAUAAGUAUAUUUCAUCACAACUUAAAGAAAAUAGUAAACGCAUGAGGCUUACGCGUUUAUGUGCCAUAUUUAUUAAUUUAGUCAUGGUUAAGCUUGAAGUGUGUAUUGGUACUAGCGGACAGCCAUGACUCCAUACGCUUGUAUUUCUGUUUUCACAUAUCCCGCAGGAACCAUGUCUUUUUCCUGGAUAAAAUGUAGCUCCAAGGUCUCAUUUAUCACUGCACCAAAAUUCAUCUAAAUCGGUCCAACGGUUAAUCGUGCAAGGUAACAGACAAAUAGAUAUACUUACUUUCGUAUGUAUAUUAUUGGAUGGAUUAUAUCUGACUAACUAAAGUGAUGAUUGGAACCAUCAUCACAUAAAUGAUACAAUGUGAUUGAAAAAUAAAAUCUGUUUGGAUGUAUUGUAACGUCAAAGUAUUGUAACAUUAAAUUUUCGUUUUCUCGUAUUUGCUAUUGCAUAAGAUCAGGCAUAUAGUUUCAAACUUUUGUUUAUAUUCGUUUAUUUAUUAUUAUUAAUAGCUAAUUUAAUAAAUAUAUUUUGUCGAAA